UAUUCCCUGGUCCAACACGCACACUCUCUCUCUUCACGGAAGCACAACAGAAGCUUUAUUUCCGGAGCUUCACCACCGAGCUUUCCACUGAGUAGAAGGCAAAUUUCUGCAGCGAAACUUUUUGGAGCAAGGAGAAAUGCUGUAGAGUUAAAAUUUAGAGGGUCAAGUUAUGGGGGAGAUUAUGGUUUCUGCAAUAUAUCGUCCAAUUAGUGGUUUGCAUAGACCUUAUCUCCAGACUCUUCAUUUUAACGAGUGUUUAAACCUUAAUUCGGCUAAAAAGUUUUAUCCUUUUUCAAGCGGGUCCAUAAAGAUGAACAAUUCAAUAAUUGUUCCUAACAUGGUUGCAAAAAUUGAAUAUGGGUUUCUUUGUAGAGAAGGAGAAGAGGACAAAGAUGAAUCUGGCCAAUUAGAGAAAGUGGGAUUUGAACUUGAAGCUCCUGUUAUUGAACAAAUAUUGCCCCCUUGGAGGAAUUUGGAGACUUCCAAAGACUUAGAUUUUGAGCCUGAUGGCUUAAACCCGCCAAAGGUAGUUCCUCGAGAAAAGGCUGUGUUGAAUUUGAAUGUUAAUAGUGUUCACUUUUUGGAGGAAGUGGAUGAAGCAAAGUUGUCAAAUCGGAUUUUGGUGCUUAGUAGAACCAACAAGGUCAGAAGUGCAUUGGAAUUGCUCAGGUCCAUGGAAUUAUCCGGCCUGCGUCCUGACUUACACGCCUGCAACUCGCUGUUAUCUUGCCUCUUGCGGAAUGAGCUGGUUGAUGAUGGUCUGAGAGUGUUUGAGUUUAUGAAGACGGAGAAGAUAACCACGGGGCACACGUACAGCUUAGUGCUUAAGGCGGUCACAGAUGCUAAGGGCUGUGAUGCUGCCCUUCGAAUGUUUAGUGAAAUGGAAAGGGAAUGUGGAGUUAAGAAUGGUUUUGAUGCGGUUGUUUACAAUACAAUGAUAUCAGUUUGCGGGAGAGUGAACAAUUGGCUUGAAACUCUGAGAUUAUGGAGAUCCAUGAAGGAAAAUUGCCGUAUCGGGACACGGAUAACUUACUGUCUCUUGGUUAGCAUUUUUGUUCGAUGCGGUCAGAACGAUCUGGCUCUUGAUGCUUACGGUGAAAUGGUCCAAAGCAAGUUUGAACCAGGGAAGGAUACAAUGCAGGCAAUAAUUGGUGCAUGUGCAAAAGAAGGGAAAUGGGAUUUUGCUUUAAGCAUUUUUCAGAGCAUGUUGAAGAAGGGGCUCAAGCCAAACGCCAUUGCUUGUAAUGCAGUGAUUAAUUCACUUGGAAAAGCUGGGGAGAUCAAACUGGCAUUCAGGGUAUUUGACGUCAUGAAAUCUUUAGGUCACUUGCCAGAUACAUACACAUGGAAUGCACUUCUCGGUGCCCUUUACCGGGCAAAUCUACACGAUGAUGCUCUUCGGCUCUUUGAAAGGAUCAAACAAGAUCAGGAUUCUGAGUUGAACUUACACUUGUACAACAUUGCUCUAAUCUCUUGCUCAAAGCUCGGGUUAUGGGAGAGAGCUGUGCAGCUUCUUUGGCAAAUGGAAGCUAAUGGAAUGUCAAUUUCAGCUGCAUCAUAUAAUCUUGUUAUCAAUGCUUGCGAGACAGCAAGAAAGCCUGAUGUUGCGGUGCAAGUGUACGAGCAUAUGGUUCACCUAAAAUGCAUUCCAGACACAUUCACUCAUCUCUCGCUUAUAAGAGUUUGCAUUUGGGGCUCCCUCUGGAAUGAAGUGGAGGAAAUUCUUAAUCAGGCUGCACCGGAUGCAUCCCUCUACAAUGCAGCUAUUCAAGGAAUGUGCUUGAGAGGCAAGAUUGAUACAGCGAAGAAGCUUUAUGCAAAAAUGCGCAACUGCGGUCUCCAACCAGAUGGGAAAACAAGAGCUAUGAUGCUUCAAAACUUGAGAAAAGAUUCUGUUAAGCACAAGUACAGACCGCCAUCUCGUCACAAGAGAAGAACCAGAUUGUCUUCUUUGUCACUGUAACUAAAAUUAUCAAAGCAAGAAUCCUCACAAAAGGGACAGGGAAUUCACUUGCCCCCUACUUAGCAAUGAGUAAAAGUUACCUUAGAAACACCGGUUUUUUGUGUGCAUAUUUUGACUUGUACAAUAGCCUAACAAAAAUGAUUGGUUUUUUAUAUACCCAAGAAAGAGUCUCUAUGAGUCUGAUCAUAGUGCUGUUGAAGAGU